AUAACAGCGCGACCGACUCUCUCGAGUUGAAAACAUUAGCAGUUGUGGAGUUAUGUCGUUUACAGGUUUUUUUUGGGAUCGCUGAAUCUUUUUAUGCGUUUAUAGAUCUAAUGUAUAUCAUUAUUUGUUACUUCCUCUUUCAGUUUGUCGGAAGAAACGAUCUUUAGCUGCAUUUAGCGCCUUAGUUUCACUUUAUCUGUAUCUGAGGUCAUCAUUUUUUCUCCUGCCGUUCAGUUUUAAUAGAUGUGUUUUACGUUGUUUUGUGGGGGAUAUACAUUCAUCCGACUUUAGACAUAAAACAGAUGGAAGAAGCGUUACACGAGAGAUGCUGUCACUCUGACGGAGCGUCGAAACUAAACGACGCUGCGGUCGCAGAUUUGCUGGAGUUUCUGCGCAUCGAUGUGGAGCUCGAGCCCGCCGCGAGCGCCGACAGAGAGCAAACCUCGUGCUCUAAAAAUGUUACACGCAAGCAGCGUAACUGGGAGAGAAGACUGGAGGUGAAAAGGAGAAAAAGAAAAGAGGAGAAACAGAGAAAGAAGCUCAACAGACUAAAUAAAGAUGUGAAUGAGCUGCAGCUCAGUAAACGUGUGAUUAAAGCGGUUACCAAAGAGAGACUGGAGGAGGCCAGAGCAGCAGGACUGCGUCUGUGUGUCGACCUCAGCAUGACCGACCGCCUGACAGACAAAGAAAUCAGUCGUCUUGCAGGACAGAUCAGGCGCCUUUACGGAUCCAAUAAGAAAUCCCUACAGCCAUUCCACGUUUUCCUGACAGAAUUCAGAGAGGACAGUCUGCUGUAUAAGGAGUGCGUUCGGAUGAAUGACGGCUUCCUGAAUUAUCUGAUCGAUGUGACGGAGGAGAGCUGGUUUCAUCUGUUUCCCUCUGAAGAUGUGAUAUAUUUAACCCCGGACGCAAGUGAAGCGUUGGAAUAUGUGGAGGAAGAUAAAGUUUAUAUCCUCGGAGGUUUAGUGGAUGAAACCAUACAGAAGAAAAUAAGCUUCACGAGGGCGAAAGAGUUUGGCAUUCGCAUGGCGCGGCUGCCGAUUGAUGAGUACAUGGUGAAGAAACCAAACCCCAAAAACUUCCACUCCAAAAUCCUGGCCAUCAACCAAGUGUUUGAAAUCCUACUGACAUUUCGGGACACCAAAGAUUGGACUAAAGCUCUUGCCGCUGGUAUUCCUCCUGGAAAAGGUUACAUGUUGGCCUCGGCAGCAUCUACGGACGUGACAAACUCUCAGGAAGAGCUGUAGACAGGGCAGUGUUAUAAAAUCAUCUAUAUUAGAUAACUUAAUAUCUGACUGAAGUCACUUGAAUCACUAAAAUACAUGACUGCAUCUUUUGUAUUACGUUUUAUUUAUGUUAAAAUGCUCUCAAGGAUGGUUUCUGCACUGUCAAAAACUCAACUGGUGGAUAUUUUGUCUGCAUUAAAGCCACUGGAUCAAAUCACUGAUGUAUGCACUCCUUUUAUCACUGCGUUCAUGUUUUCAAUGUGACAUGGAUUAGAUUAGGGCCUGGUUCCACAGACAGGGCUUAGAUUAAGCCUUAAUUCAGAGUAGCUUUUAUAGUUAUGAAAAAAAAACAUUACUGGUUUGCAAAUUGAGACAAAACAAUAACACAGACAUUUUAAGAUACAUCAGUGCAAGAUGCUUUCAAGUAAAACAGCUCAAACAUGAAUUUUAGUCUGGAUCUAGACUCAAGCCCCGUCUGGUAUAAUGUUACAUUGGUCUAGUGUCUUUUUAAUAAGCACUCUUGACUAAAAACAAUUUUAUCAAGUAGUUUGACCAUCAGCGCCACCUAGCGGCUGACAUUUGUAACUAUAUAAAUCAUCUUCCCAGAACCACCAGUCUUUAGUAGAUUAACUUAAAUGCCCAAACUUUCAUUUUUAAUUAAAAACACCCCAUUAAUGCAUGUAAAUAUGUUCCUCACCAGAGAAAACUAUUGGUUUGACACCAAAUACGUCGUUUUUGUUUAAAGUUGUAUUACUUAAACAUUUAAUUUAUCCAAAUGUGUCUAAAUGUUGAUACUUGGAUUCAU